AUGACAGCCCCCGGCAGGCUCCCAGAACUCCAACUCUUUGGCGCCACCGCCCUCUCAACCCCGGUCACGGGCGGCCACAUCGCCUGCAACCCGGCCAUCGAUCUGACGGCGACGGUCGGCGAGGCUAACACCACGCUGCAUGUCUGGCGGGCGGGCGACCAGCUCGUGUCAAAGCAUGUGGAACGGGGGAAGAAGGUGGAGGCGGUUCGGUGGAAGGAGGAUGGGCAGUUCCUCGCGGCCGGGUGGAGCGACGGAGUCGUCAGGCUGAUGGGUCUGGAGAGCAGCAAGGCGGUGCACCACAUCCGGGUGUGCGAGGCCGCGCAGCAGGCGACGGCGGCGGCCUCCAAGAUUGAGUUCAUCGCUUGGGCCAGGAAUGUCACGGGCGAAGGGAGAUGGCGCAGGAGAGAAGGGCGGAGCAGCCGGCGUCAACAAGAGAAGGGCAUCCUGCUCGACGGGGACCGCACGAGCGAUGUGGUCGUCGAUCUGCCGCAUGAGCUGACCUUCUUGGAGGUGGAAACCGCGCUGCCCAAGCUGAGUCCGCUUCCUGUUUCGGGCGGGUCUGGGGACGACAUGUUUCUGUUCUCGACGACGGCAUCGCUGGAGUUUGUUUUCCGGCCGUGCAAGGCAGAGGACGCGGACGAUGUCCAUGUCAUGAUCGUGGGGACAGCUGAUGGCGGGAUCCAUCUCAGCAUCUAUGACUCCUUCGUAAUUGGCACGUUGAAGCCCUCGCCUCGUGGAGAUAGGGUCUUCCAGCUGUGCGGGCACAGCUCACAUCCGGAGGCGUCGACUCACAUGCUCCUGCUCCGACCGCAGGCAUGGGACGGGGUGGCGUUGUAUCUGGUGCCUAUGGACCUCACGUUUUUGCACCACUCGCCUGUCAACCUGUCGCUGCUAGCAUCUAGAACGACGACGCUCCAGAACCUUCUCCGCUAUCUAAAGCAGACGCAGUCACACAUGGCCGCCGAGUGGAAGUCAACCAGGGAACUCCCGGGGAAGUUCAUGCUUGCGGUACAAGACGACUUGAAAAAGAUGCCGAACGGAGACAUAACUGUUGUCCAGGCACUGUAUCACACGGUAGUGACGGGCCACGUCUUCCCGGCCGUAAAGGAGUGGCUCGUGGACAGUCUAGCUGAGCGAGGACACAAACGUUGGGAGAAGGCCGUGGUUUCUGGGCUCACCAGUCUCCGCAGCCUGGUGCAUGAGAACUUCAUACCAGCACUCGAGAGAUGUGGCGUCGUUCUCAGCCGCCUCCUCGGCAUUGCCCGUUUCCACGAGCCCGAAGAGAGGAUCGGGUUUGACGAAGCCCAGAUCAACAAGCUCAUGGAUAUCGUCUCGUGCUUGAUGCUGGUUGCGCACAGGGUGCUUACCACCGUCAUGGAUGAGCUGGAGCACUUCAAUGCCUUCUCGACCUGGCUGCGGUUCGAGAUCGAUAAGCAAGCCUCGUCAUCCGUCAGCGAGGAGAUUACGGAAACAGAGGCUGCGAUGGACUAUGCCAAAGUCCUGGUGUAUAUCCAGCACUACCUGACUAGCAGCCCGCUCGCGCUGUACUUCGACGAGACUGUCAAAGAGGACUACAUCAAGGAUCAGGAGAUGAUUGAGCCAGGCUCAUCUCUGUUGGACCUCCUCGACAGGCAAUUUCAAGAGCAGGAGGCCGGUCGACCCUACAUGAAGGUGCUGCCUCGAGUAGCCUUCCUGUUGAAUUACCUGACUUCCAGGGCCAAUAUUGUGUUCCAGGGCAUUGCCGAGGCAGAGAAGCAAGGCGUCCACUUCGGCCAAGCGUCCGAAAUUAGUAUUGGCAGAAAGAUCUGGAAGCAUGAGCUCUGGACGAGUCGGCCCAAGAGAAAAGCGGGUUCCUCUAAUCAUUGCCUGCGGUACGGUGCUUCGGCUGCGGUAUUCACCGCGUUGGUGCCGGAAGACGAGAAGUCUAAGAUCUACAUUAUCCGCUCCGACGUCCCGCUUGAGAAUGGUGUUGGGCGUCCAAUCCCGGCCACGACUUGCGGUCUCAGCCUGCCGGACGACGUAACUGUUGUUGACAUGAAAUUUCUUGACGACAACAGUUUGUUAGUCCUCUGCAGCCGAUCAGAUGAACCAACGCCUGUUCUCUUACGCAUUGCGUACCAGUCGUCCCACUUGUCUUAUGAGAACUACACGCCGGGGCAAUGUCCAUCAAUAAUGGCCCUCGGUGAAGAGACCGGGGUGUACUUUGCAUUCUCCCGGAUAUCUGGCUUCACCCCUGCCCAGAUGGAAGUCCAGCGGGCGAGCAAGGCGAGAGGUGAGAUUCCUGCCAGAGUCUGUCUCCUGGGCCGGGAUAAGGCCAUGUACAGGACCUAUGCGCUCCCCGGAAACCUGCGCAAAGAGUCUUAG